AUGGGUGGGGGCGCUGGGGAGAGAGACGGAGGGCCAGAGAAGACAAAGACGGAUGGGGUCAGAGAGGACAAGGGGGACAGAGGAGCUAGAAGAGAUGGUGGGACCGGGCAUGAGGGAGGGCCCCAACCCCCUCCCCGCUUAGCUCGGGAUCUGGGACAGGGCACUGGGGACUGGGGCGUAACCCAAUUCAACGUUGCCCACGGCAACCGUUCCCCUCACCCAGGCCCUCCCCCUCCCCCCAAAUGGGGGAGGCAGCGGCUAAAGACGGCUCCGGGUGCCCACCCUCCCCAUCCCUUCUAUCCUCACUCACACAUGUUCCAAGCCCCGGCCUCCCCCCACACCCCCAGUCCCCCUUACCUGACCGGCGGGGCUGCUGGGUCCCAGUCGGCGGCGCCCGCGGCCCCCUGUCCCCCCCCCCCCCCCCCCCCCCCCCCCCCCGAAGACAGAGACCCCCCCUCAGGCCAUGCCCUAGCACCCCGGAGGGGGGGAGGGGGGAGGGGAGGGCCGGGGACCUCACCCCCCCCUCGGGCCGGGCCGGGCCCUGGGCAUCCGCAGAACGCCCCCUCCCUCCUCGGGCCGCCCCCUCGUCUGUCUCCGGGUGGGCUCCGGGCUCCGAGCUCCGGGCUCCGGGCUCCCCCCUUCCCCGCCCCCCUCGUGGCUGCCGGCAGAAGAGACCUCGCCCCUCCCCACGCCCCCAAACCUCGCCCGCCCCUCCUCUUCACAAAUCCCCCUUCCCCUGCGCCCCAGGAUUUGAGAGGUCCUCAAUUUGUCACCUUCUCCUCCUGCCUCAGACCAGCCCCUCUCACCUUCCAAUGGCCCUCCCUUACCCCUUGGCUGUCCAGCUUGGGGCGGGGGGAGGGGGCUGGCUUCCUCCCCCUAACAACUGAGCCCCGCCCUUUCAGACCCGCCCCUUCCCCACCUGAGGACCGACCAUGCUGA